UGGGUGGUGGUCAGGUUUUGAUAAAUCGUAUAAAAUAGCUGUCGCGAAUGGGAGCAUCAUCAUUCAGUGCACAACAGUCUGAAAUCAUUUGUCAAUCAUGUACAAGCAGAUCGUUGCCGUUUUCGCAGUCCUCGGACUUGCCGCCGCCGGACCCAAAGCCAGCAAUCUGGUUCCUUCGGCCUACUCAGCUGUAGCGCCCCAGGUCUCAUACUCCCCAGUGGUCUACUCCGCCCCUUCAUACAACGUCGCCCCUGCCGCCUACAGCGCCCCCAUAAAGUACAGCUCUCCUGUCGCCUACACCGCCGCCGCACCGUCCGUCUACUCAGCUCCUGCAUCCGUCUACGCAGCACCUGCAUCCGUCUACCCUGCCGCAGCACCUGCGUCCGUCUACCCUGCCGCAGCGCCUGUCUACUCUGCCCCAGCAUCCCUCGCCUACUCCGCCCCUGUCUCCUACUCCGCCGUACAAGCCCCCGUUGCCUACGCCGCCGAAAGCCCAGUGGAAUACCCAUACCAGCCCGCUUACUACUGGAAGAAACGAGGUGACGGGGUCAGGCUCCUUGUUGCCUGCGUCUUCGGCCUCGCGGCUGCCAAGCCUAGCCUCUACGAGCCUAUCGUAGCUUACUCGGCUCCGGCGGUGGCUUCAGUGAGCUACCCAUCAUCGUACAGCUACUCCUCUCCCGUGGUCUACUCGUCCCCAGCUGUCUCCUACAGCGCCCCCGUAGCGUACUCUGCUCCAGUCUACUCCGCCUCAGUCGCCGCCCCAGUCGCCGCCGCGCCCGUCGCCUACUCCGCAUCCGUCGCCGCCCCCGUCUCCUACUCCGCAUCCGUCGCCGCGCCCGUCGCCUACUCUGCCUCCGUCGCCGCCGCGCCCGUUGCCUACCAUGCAUCCGUUGCCGCCCCUGUCGCCGUCUCUGCCCCAGCUUACUACAGCUCAAGCUACCCCCACGCGGCCUCUUCUUUCUUUUUAAAGAAGAAGUGAACACCAAAUAGUCGAUUUGAAGAAGAGAAUUCUUAUGUCAUGUAACAAUUCUAUGAAAUCUUUACAACCAUGAUAACACCUUAUAAGAAUCUCUGAAAUAAACGAAGUGAACAAAUA